GCCCACGCGCGCUCUGAUUGGCUGGAAUUUUUUUAGGGGACUCUUUUUCCCAAGGCUCUACCCGGCAACCGAUGACGACACAACAACGCCGCGCUCCCAUUGGCUGAGCGCUUUUCGGGGUGCUGCGCCCCCACUCCCAGUCCCCCCCACUUCGCCGCCGCUUUACUGGGAGCAGCACCGACCCUUCCCGGGCUCCCGGCAUCCCGAGGCGCCAUGGACGGAGCGCGGAGCGUCCCCUGGCUGCUGCUGCUGCUGCUGGCCCUGAGCCUGCCCGGCCUUUGGGGGGUCGAAGUGCGCCACCACAUCAUCCAGACGGAAUAUUACCAGAAAUCCCUGGACCUGAGCGUCGACGGCGGCGAGUUCAUGUUCGACUUCGACAACGACGAGGUCUUCCACGUGGAGAAGGAGGAGACGAUCUGGAGGCUGCCGGAAUUCCAGGAAUUCACCAGCUUCGAGGCGCAGGGAGCGCUCCAGAACCUCGCCAUCGACAAGCAGAACCUGGAGAGUUCCAUGGCCGCCUACAACAAUUCCCGAAUUCCCGCCGCCCCUCCGGAGAUCUCGGUGUUCCCGAAGCACCCGGUGGAUCAGGACGAGCCCAACAUCCUCAUCUGCCACGUCACCAACUUCUGGCCGCCGGUGCUGCGGGUGACGUGGCUGCGGAACGGGAUCCCGGAAUCCCACGGGGUGCUGGAGACGCCCUUUUAUCCGGGAAGGGAGAAUUCCUUCCGCAAGUUCUCCUACCUCCCGUUCAUCCCCAGCCCCGGCGAUUACUACGACUGCCAGGUGGAGCACGAGGGGCUGGAGCGGCCCGGGAGGAUGCACUGGGGUGAGAGGAAUGGGGAAAAAUGGGGGAAAAAUGGGGGGAAAUGGGGAAAAAUGGGGAAAAAUGGG